GGCAGCACCUCAGAUACACAGCUUCAAAACGAAGCCCUCUGACGUUCAUGUUGACAGAAAUACAACAACGAGAAUAGCUGUUUGAAGCGAAUUGAAAUAAAUCCCACCAAGUAAUUUACUUCACAUAUAUGGCAGCAUAGGAAACGGGUGUAAGUAAAGGUGGCACAGGUGUGGACACAACUGGAUGUCUACACAGAGGAAAGCACAUCUGAGAGUUAAACUGCAUCUGAAGAAGUAAAAGUGAAAAUCGGCAGCCAGAAGACCACAAAGCGCUGUUUGCAUGAUGUAAAUAUUGCAGAAGUGUAGACACGAAAAGAAAGUUGUAGUCUAGAUAUUUCUGUAGUUCACAUUUCCUUAGCAGACAAGUUCUUUAUUGCACCUGUCCAGGUAUAAUUUUCUAUACUGUGUGCAUUAUUUAUGCACAUACAUAUUUAUUUAUCUUCUUUUAGAAGAGCCCUGUAAUAAAUCUUGUGUGGCAGCAUUGCUCUGCAUUAUUGAGCCUAAGCUGUAUGUAAAAUUUAUAAAUAUCUCAUACGAUUCUUUAGUGAUACUUUUUAUUGAGGCCUUGUGGACACUGUGAAUGGUUCACUUGGUCUUAUUACAAAUUAGUAAGGCGUUAGAAAAGUAAAAAAAGACAUGGAAAAGCUUUAGAAACUUUAAAAAAAAAUGUCAACAAAGAUGGAGAAUACUGGGCCUGCUUUCAUUGGGUUAAACACACACAAUAGGCAUCUUAUAGGACAGCCUAAAGGCCCCUCUCAGUCUGGAAAGGAGCCCAUGGGGACCCCAAAACCAGCCAUUGCAUCUCAGGAAGGACCUGGAAUCAGGUUUGGUGAUGACUGGAAAAAAAGCCUACUGCUCCCGGCUAAGGACAAUAGAUUCAAAACUUCUGAUGUGACUGCAACCAAAGGAAAUGAGUUUGAGGACUACUGUCUAAAGAGAGAGCUGCUGAUGGGCAUUUUUGAGAUGGGAUGGGAAAAGCCCUCCCCCAUUCAGGAAGAGAGUAUUCCUAUUGCCCUUUCUGGCCGCGAUAUACUGGCUCGUGCCAAAAACGGGACUGGAAAGAGUGGUGCAUACCUUAUCCCCCUUCUGGAGCGAAUUGACAUAAAAAAGGAUCAUAUCCAGGCCAUUGUGAUAGUUCCCACUCGUGAACUGGCUCUGCAGGUCAGUCAGAUCAGUAUUCAGAUCAGCAAGCACCUGGGUGGUGUCAAGGUCAUGGCAACCACAGGAGGGACCAACCUACGAGAUGAUAUCAUGCGCCUGGAUGAGGAGGUUCAUGUGGUUAUAGCAACACCUGGCAGAAUCUUGGACUUGAUAAAAAAGGGCAUAGCCAAAGUGAAUAAAGUUCAGAUGAUGGUCAUGGAUGAGGCUGAUAAGCUACUCUCUCAGGACUUUGUGGUUAUUAUUGAGGACAUCAUUAGUUUCCUUUCAAAGAACAGACAGAUUCUGCUCUAUUCAGCCACAUUCCCCAUCAGUGUACAGAAGUUCAUGGCAAAGCACCUGCAGAAGCCCUAUGAGAUUAAUCUGAUGGAGGAACUGACCCUGAAAGGCAUCACGCAGUACUAUGCUUACGUCACAGAAAAACAGAAAGUCCACUGCCUCAACACAUUGUUCUCCAGGUUGCAGAUAAAUCAGUCCAUCAUCUUUUGUAACUCUACUCAGCGAGUGGAGCUCUUGGCCAAGAAGAUCACGCAGCUGGGCUGCUCCUGCUUUUACAUUCAUGCUAAGAUGAUGCAGGAAUACAGAAACCGGGUUUUCCACGACUUCAGAAAUGGGCUCUGCAGAAACCUUGUUUGCACAGAUUUAUUCACUAGAGGCAUCGACAUCCAGGCAGUAAAUGUGGUCAUCAACUUUGACUUCCCCAAGAAUGCAGAAACAUAUCUGCAUCGCAUCGGACGCUCAGGAAGGUUUGGACAUCUGGGUUUGGCAAUCAAUCUCAUUACCGCUGAGGAUCGUUUUAACCUGAAGACCAUUGAGGACCAGCUGAUGACAGAGAUAACGCCCAUUCCCGGGAGCAUCGAUAAGAGCCUGUAUGUGGCAGAGUUUCACUCGGUGAACCCUGACUGUGAGGCAGAGACAUCUCACCCUGGAGGAGGCUCUGAAGCACAUUAGGAGGCACCAUUAGAGAGCAGGACAGGACAGUUGGGAGAAUCUCUGCUCAUAUCUUUCAUCAUCUUUUCCUGCUCCACAGUAUUAUUUUUUUCUUCCAUUCAUUGUUCAUUGUUAGGAGUGUUAUAUAUCUUUAUAAAUGACCAGUUGAGACAUGCAAGAACAAAAACUAAACAUUCAGGAGUUCCUUUUUGAUAGAAAACAAUAAACAAAGGUAUUUGUGAACAUAGAGAAUAGCAUUCUUGCAUCAUUAGUUAAGAAUUUACACACACAUCAUAAAACAAAACUUGUUUAACCCAAGUGCCUUAAUAUAUAUCAUCUCUGUCUUAGAUUAAUAUGUCACUGCUAUGUUGAAGUAUUCCCAAAGACUAAACACAGGAUUUUGCAGCAUACUGGUGCUAAUGGAUUCUGUGAUUAGAAAAAAAUGUAUUGAUUAAUUGAUGAGAAAUGCAUUUUCAUAUUCUAUUUAUAUUCCGUCUGAGGCAGCUAGAGAAACCAUGGAAAUAUUGCAGAGCUCGGGAUUCAGGUGUGAACUUGAACCAUUGCACUAAACAGCCGGAGUAAAAUCAUCUGCAUUAGUAGUGGGUUUUGUAGUUUCAUUAGUAGUCACACUCACAGGCAAAUAUACAUUUGGAAUUCCGAAGGAAAUAUAAACGUAAAUGAUGGGUUCAAAAAAAGCAAUUAUUAAAUAUAAUUCUGAAACUAUGCUAUAAUAGAUAUUCCUAACUUAAACAGGCAUGCUAAAACUGGCAUAAUGUGAGAGAUGUCAGUCUACUACAUGAGAGCUGAUUAACAAAUUCACCGGACUGCAGGCAUUAUACAUGACCAGAUCCUCACAUUUAUAUGCACAACUGUCAAUUUGUCAAAAUGGUCUGUUUGGUUCCUUUUUUUUUUUGUUCAUUUAUUUAAAGGUUGUUGAGAAAGUUGGUCGAGGAUAGCCUCUUUUACAGUUUAAUUUUUUUUAUAUAUUAAUGUAUAAAGUGGUUAAUAAAUGGGCUUUUUUUGACAUUGUUAUUUCCAGAUAUGUAUGUUUUUGCCAAAAUGUUUGCUUUUUUCUUUGAUGCAUAUUGUGUAGUGAAUAUAUAUAUAUAUAUAUAUAUAUAUAUAUAUAUAUAUAUAUAUAUAUAUAUAUAUAUUAGGACUAUCUACAAAAUAUAUCCAUUUACAAAAGGGAAUAGAUAGGAUUGUUGACUCCCAAUGAGUCAAAAAUCUAUUUGCAAGAAUCUUUUUCAUAACCUCAUGUUGCAUUUAUUAGAUAUUUUGAUUAAGAGAGUAUUUUCAUACAGCAGAAUUGUAGCAUAUUCUCAGGGGCAGCUGUGAUUUUUCUCCAAACAAUGUUCUAUUGUUUUUUCUAUUUUGUUGUUGUUUUAGUUUUUUUGGCUGAGCAAGAAAACGUGGAAUGCAGCUCAAAGCUAUUUCUAAAUGUAGAAACCUCAGUUUGGAUACUUCUUUAGCUAUUGUAAACAGCACAGUUCAUGCAAAUACGCAUUGCACAGUUAAAUUAGGAAACCUUGAGCCAGAUUACAAAUUCCUGAUGAUGAUUCUGUGCAAUUUGAAAGAUUAUUGAAUUUGUACGACUAUUAGCAUAUUUCAAAACUUUAUUUUAAUGGACAAACUUUCAUUCUCCAUCCAUCCUGUCAUGCAGUGAUGAGCUGUAAAUGUUUUUCUUUGUAUAUGGUGAGGGUGUUUCUGGAAAAAAUGGUUUAUUACAGUUAAUGGAAGUGGGGAGCAGAUGUGGGACAAUUGGUUAAUGUACAUUUUAUAUUUGUUUUCCUGGAGAGAGAAAAAAAUUAUGCUUGAUUCUGUGUUUGUAAUUGAUACAAAAAAUAGUCUAAAGUUCAUGAUUGUGUGUGUGACUGUCUGAUUGAUUGAUUUUUUUAGUUUUGUUUUUUUGCUCCUUUUGUUUAUUCAUAUAAAUAGCUUGAGGUUAUAGUAUGUAUUAUAGUUUGAAAUGUAAUUAAUAUGUCAUCUGUCACAGUAGAUUCGUAUCAGCGAUGACAGUAUGGUUUCCUUUUUUUAUUGAAUGUGAAAAAGUACAUUUCGGGGGAUGUAUAUUUUUGUUAUUUUUCACAGGCUCAACUCUUUAAUGUUUAAAUUAGUACAUUGAUUUCCUAUUAAAUUGACUGUAGUACAACAAUUUAUAUUGUCAAAAAUUAAGGAAAAUAAUUUUUGUGAAUCAAAUUCUUUAGGUUUAUUUUUUCUGAAUUAUUCAAUUUAAACAAAUUUGUCACACAAAUGUGUUCAUGUACCUUAUUAAAUUGUGUACUGUA